UUUUUUUUUCUAAAUCUCGUUUAGAAGAAUCUUCUAAAAGAAAGUUUUCUAAAAAAUAGGUUAGAAGUGACUCAUGGAGAAGUUGAAAUCUCUAUUCUUUAUUAUUCAUUUAAUAAGCUUUUAUCUUAUUUCUAAGCUUUUAUCUUAUUUCUAAACAAGUUUCUUCCUAUAGUUUUUAACGAGACUUCAUGUGAAUUUUUAUGAAGCAUUUUGUCAUUAAGAGACUUCAAAUUAUUUUUCAUACCAAUCAAAUUAUUAUAUAAACCAAAACAUAAUAUCAUUUAUUACUAAGUAUAUUAAAAGAACUCUGCGUUUAAUAACAUACAAUUAAUAUAUGCCUUAACAUAGUAUAGUAUAUAUAAGAAACCGACAUAAUUAAGUUUACUUGAAAGGUGUUGGAAAUUGUACCAAACUUGUCAACCUUAUCAUUUACACCUCUUGAUAAAAUGAAAUAAAAGAAAAAAAAUAUAAAUCAUUUGAAUAAUUUAACCCCAAAAGUUCGAAGGUUGAAUAUAUUUUUCAUUAAUUUAUUUAAAGUGCUGGUUGCUUGCAAGCAAGAAGCUGGGAGAGAGAAAAAGAACCUUCUUUCCUUCUCUCUGUUAAGUUUAUUUCAUCCAAACCUAAAAUCCCCGACAACCACCGAUUACUGAUUUCAAUUACAUAAUAACGAAUCAAGAAGAUCCUUUUCGGAGAAAUACACAAAAAUGGUGUCGGCGAACCAGGAAAUGGUUGUUUACUGCUUUGACACCCUCGUCGCUCACUACAACAACCAGGAACCUCCUCCUCCGGCCUUCGAUCAGGCUCAGCACCCAUUGUUUGUUACAUGGAAGAAAGUGGUGAAUGGAGGAGAUCCUCGACUUCGAGGAUGCAUUGGAACUCUGGAAGCACGCAGCUUGAUCAGUGGGCUCAAAGAUUAUGCACUGACCAGUGCCCUCAGGGACAGAAGGUUUCCACCCAUACAGGCUAAUGAGCUUCCGUUUUUGGAGUGUACAGUGUCUAUUCUUACUGACUAUGAAACUGCUAACAAUUAUCUAGAUUGGGAGAUAGAAAAGCAUGGUAUAAUUAUUGAAUUUUCUGAUCCUGUGUAUAGCACAAGGCGUAGUGCUACAUACCUGCCUGAAGUGGCAGCCAAUGAAGGUUGGACAAAAAUAGAGGCCAUUGAUUCUUUGAUACGUAAAUCAGGAUACAAUGGUCCUAUAACCGAUGAACUUAGGAUGCAAUUACAGCUAACCAGAUACCAAAGCACCUUAUUUACCAUGCACUAUAGUGAAUACGUCUCCUAUGUGAAGGAGAGAAGAGGUGAAGCUCCUAUUCUUGCAGCUAAAUCACCUCACUACUAAAUUCUCCAGCCAAACUUUCUAAAGGCUGCAUAUAAUAUAUUUGCUGAAAAAAUAAUUCUAUUUAUCAAUAGAGUUAAAAAAAUAAAAAAGAGAAAGAACCCCACUUGCAAAGGGUUGGAACCAAUGCUUGUCUAACCCUAACUACUGAAGUGUUGAUGCAACUUUUCUAUACUCUUCAAAUUUGUGUGCUUUUAACUCAUUUCAUGUGACUUAAUUCAGCAGUUUAUGAAAGUUGUGUACGGUUGAACUGUUUUCUAUCAA